GUACAUGCGUUCGUCCAGAGUACAGCCUUCAUUGUGGGUAGCCACAAGUAGGAAGACAGAUUACGUGCGCUCGUUGAACAGCCGGUGGAAAGGCUUUAGAUUAGGUGACCACCGACGAAGUUAUAGUUCUGAAUGUGAACUGGCUAGUUACAUUAUUCAUCCCCUGGCAAUCGACAAUCUAAAUGGAAAAUCGAAAACGUCCAAGAGAAGAAAAUGGGGCUGUCAACUUUCGAACCCCGGAGAAGCGGGUGUCGGACGUUGUCUGGCGAAACGUUGACUACAGAAAAUGGGAUGUUGAAGCUACUUGCAGUUACCUUCGUAGAGCGGGAUUCGGUCAAUGGGAGGACAAGUUCCGAGCGGAACAGAUCACAGGAGUGGGAUUGCCAUACCUUGCGGAAUUGCAUCUGGAAAAAAUGGGCAUAGGCCCAUUGGGGAUAAGACUACAGAUUCUUCAUUGCUUGAGGAAACUGUGGCAGAUCUCAGCUGACAUUUUGAAGGUUUUCAAUGACCCUAUUCACGGCCACAUUGAACUGCACCCUUUGCUGGUGAGCAUUAUUGACACACCUCAGUUCCAGCGUCUGCGUCACAUUAAGCAGCUGGGGGCCACUUACUUGGUCUUUCCUGGUGCCUGUCACAACCGCUUUGAACACUCUCUUGGGGUGGGCUACCUGGCUGGCCAGCUGGUCCAGUCUCUGAACAAGCGCCAGCCUGAUCUUCUCAUUAGUCAGAGGGACAUACUGUGUGUCCAGAUUGCAGGACUGUGCCAUGACCUUGGACAUGGCCCUUUCUCCCAUAUGUUUGAUGGAAUGUUUAUCCCAAAAACACGGCCUGGUUACAAAUGGAAGCAUGAAAUUGCGUCCGUGGCGAUGUUCGAUCACCUGAUCAAGGUAAACGAUCUAGAGCCAGUGAUGAAGCAGCACGGGCUGGAGCUGCCAGAGGACCUGCUGUUCAUCAAGGAGCAGAUAGCCGGGCCCCCGGAGACCCCCGUCCCACUCAGCCAGGAGCAGAGACCAUGGCCGUAUCAAGGAAGACCAGAAGCGAAAUCCUUCUUGUACGAGAUUGUGGCAAACAAAAGAACUGGAAUUGAUGUGGACAAAUGGGAUUAUUUUGCCAGAGACUGCUACCACCUGGGCAUCCGAAAUAACUUUGACCAUCGACGCUUCCUGAAGUUUGCGCGCGUGUGCGAGGUGAACGGAAAGAAGCACAUCUGCACUAGAGACAAGGAAGUGGGGAACUUGUAUGACUUGUUUCACACGCGCAACUGCCUUCAUCGCCACGCCUACCAGCACAAAGUGGGAAACAUCAUUGAAACAAUGAUAACAGAGGCUUUUGUGAAGGCUGACAAGCACAUCGAGAUUACUGGCUCCAAAGGCCAGACGUUCAGCAUCUCCACUGCUAUAGAUGAUAUGGAGGCCUACACCAAACUCACCGACCACAUCUUCCUGCAGAUCCUGUACUCCUCAUCUCCAGAGCUGGCAGAGGCUCGCGCCAUCCUGCAGAACAUCAAUCGUCGCCAGCUCUACAAAUACGUGGGCCAGACCCAGCCCAAGACACCUGUGCUGGUCACGCAGGAUAAGCUGCUUGAAAUGGCAGUCAGCGUUGCGGAAGCCACGCCUGCCGGCGGCACAGAAGUGACACUUCAGGCUGAAGAUUUUAUCAUCAGUAUUAUUACCAUGGACUACGGGAUGAAAGAGAAGAACCCGAUCAAUAGUGUGUAUUUUUACUGCAAGAAUGACCCAACAAUAGCCAUUAAGAUCCGCAAAAACCAGGUGUCCCAGCUCCUGCCGGAGAAGUUUGCCGAACAGAUGAUCCGGGUCUACUGCAAGAGGACUGAUGAGAAGAGCUUGGAGGCAGCCCGGAAGCACUUUGUGAAGUGGUGUUUCAACGAAGAUUUCAGCAAGCCACAGGAUGGAGAUGUGAUUGCCCCUGAACUGACCCCUCUGAAGCCGAGCUGGACCAAUCAAGAUGAUGAGGAAGAGGAUGAAGGUAGUCGUGUGAGGUCUGGUUCCUGCACUUCUAGCUCGACUGUAAAGACAAAACUAAACUUCUAGGUAGGAGAGGGUUGGGUUGAGAGGCAAAAGGGUGUUCUUCUACUAAAUGGAAGAUUUUAAAGAAAAACGAACAUUUUUCAGUAGGUACAACAGAAGAGUUAACAGGAUGUAGUAAAUUUCCGCAGAGUUUGUAUGAUGGAACAGCAGUCUGUAUCGUUUUCUCUGUCUUUUCGGUAUUGAUUACUGAACUGUUCUUGAACAUCUUAUUGCUUUAUUUUUAUAUCUUUAAUUAGUUGUUCUAUUUAAUUUUGAUUUUAAAGUAGCCUGCACACUUUGCAGUGUGUAGCACGUUACCAUUAUUCAUGCUGUCGUGGAUUCAGAAUUGCAGGGUUGAUCAACAUCUUGUGGAUCAGGAGAAAUAUCUCAGGUGCUCAAUCUGUCAUUGCUCUUAUCAAAGCAAUAUGGAGAGAGAAUGUCUACGUCCAAACGCUCCCAAAUGUGAAAUUGCUCUCAUGGUUCUGUUAAUGUCUGCUAAUCUGUCUGAAGUAGAACACUUGGAGAGAAAUUCUUUAGAUCCACAUAGUACCUCUGGAACGACAGUGUUGCAUGGCUUUUAUUGUAGUCAUUUCAUAGAGUAUUAUAUAUCAUGUUUACAUCUUAUUUCUUGAAUGUAUAUUUAUUUUUCUUUGUCUUGGUUUUAAACAAAUACUCAGGUGUACUUUAUAAGGGCUUAUGUAAAAAAUUGUUUAAAAAAAAAAAAAGUAUAUUGCUAUUUUUAUGAAUUACAUUUAACUCUCACCUUCAUAGCAAGCUUUGGGCAUCCAAGCUGGCAAGAAUCUGGACUUCAGAAUGUAGGCUACUAAAAAGGUGAUGGUUCUUUUCUAGAUUUGAUUUUAAACUCUUGAGGUAAUGGAUAAGUAACCAUUCCUUUGAGCUGCUGUGCAAAUUAAGUGUGCACCUUGAGAGAAGAAUGACUUAAUUGGUUUGGGCUAAGGUUUGGUUUACAUUUUGUACUUUUGCUGUGACCAUAAGGUGGUGUUUUUGUGUGUGUGUGUGUGUGUGUGUGUGUGGAUUUUUGCAUUUUUUUCCUCAUCUCCUGGCUUUGAGGUCUUGAUCAUUCUCUCAUGGUGCUCACUUGUGUGACCUGGUCAGUGGUGUUCAGAAAUGACCUUCUGUACCUGUGCGGCAAAAAAGUAGUCGAUGCAGACAUCCCUCAGGAUGUGGUCUGAAUGCGAUUUCCAUGCGUGAAAUCACACCUCCUUCAGGACAAUAAGAAUAAAAACUUUGCUUUCAUUUAUGUCUCAGUCUGCUGACUCUGAUAAAUAAAAUUCCACUGAUUUCUUGGA